UCCGUUGCCCCGGUAACCCGGAAGCUUCAUGCUCUCCAUGCUCAGCACUCCUCAGAGUUCUUCCUGUUUUAGAAAUUUCAAGGAAGCAGCAGCAUCUGGACAGUCGCAUACACUCAUGGACGCCUUUCUGUGAUCUUUGGGAGGGGAGGACCCAUGCUUGCCAACCUUUGUGCUGCCACACCAGCCUUGUAUGUACUGUGGAUCACAAUGGCCCAGAUAGCUGGCCAGGAGGACAGAGAGAAAACCACUGCACUGAAAGAUUUGCUCUCAAGAAUAGACUUGGAUGAACUGAUGAAGAAAGAUGAACCUCCAUUCACAUUCCCCAGAACACUGGAGGAGUUUGAAUAUGCCUUCAAUGAAUAUGGUCAGCUCAGACAUAUAAAAACAGGAGAGCCCUUUGUGUUCAAUGCCAGAGAGGAUCUCCACCGCUGGAACCAGAAGCGCUAUGAAGCUCUCGGAGAGAUCAUCACUCAGUAUGUUUAUGAGCUGUUGGAGAAAAAGUGCAACAUGACUAAAGCAAUCCUCCCAGUGGAUGCUACAGAAGGUGAACCUACCAGUUUUAUCUACCUGAGCCCAGAUGCCUUAUCCAACCCGUCCAAGCUGCUGGUGCUGAUCCAGGGCAGUGGCGUAGUGCGGGCCGGUCAGUGGGCCCGUAGACUCAUCAUCAAUCAGGACCUGGACUCAGGCACUCAGAUCCCCUUCAUCACCAGAGCCAUGGCGGAGGGCUACGGUGUGAUGGUGCUCAACCCCAACGAGAACUACCUGGAGGUGGAGAAGCCAGCCAAGUCCUCUCCCCUGCCCUCUCCGACCGAACCCUCGGAUGAACCCGCUGAAAAGAGGGAACGCAAAGAUGAUAAAGAGGGCAAAAAGAAGAGAGAAUUUUAUGAGAAGUAUCGUAACCCACAGAAGGAGACAGAGACCGAACGGAUCCCUGUACGAGAAAAUGGUUCCUCCGAGGAACACGUGCUGUACGUGUGGGACCACUUUGUGUCCAAAGCCGCAGCCAAGAAUGUCUUCAUCAUGGCCCACAGCUAUGGAGGGCUGUCUUUUGUUGAGCUGAUGAAUCAGAGGGAGAUGCAGGUGAAGAACAGAGUGUGCGCUGUGGCCCUGACUGACUCGGCUCACAACAUCUGGCUACAGGAGACCAGCAAAGGCACGCAGGAUUGGAUGCAGCAGCACUGUUUUAACUGGGUAUCGAGUCCAGAGCCCCUGGACACACCACUGGAACCCAUGCUGCCAGACUGCCCCCGAGUCUCUGCAGGCACAGAGAGACACGAGCUGACCUCCUGGAUGAGUUUCGACUCAAUCUUCAGGUUCUUCAGUGGGGUCCUACAGUUGAAGGAGGUUGGGCAAGCAGAGGAGACCUCCAACACUGUCACCACACGCAGCAGCUCCCUCAAAAGCAAACACCAAGAUUUAUAGAAGACAACAAGAAUGACUUGGAACAAGAGGAGAAAGAACGAGAUGGCAAAGGAACAGAGGGGGCAAUGCAGAAAGGGCGGCUGAGGUUCCACAUCCUCUCUGCAAUUUCUUUCCCUUUUUUCUCCCUCUGCAACCUCUCUCCAUCUUUCUUUCCUAACUCUUCUCCCUGAGUGUCAUUUCUCCCUUCCAGCCUUCCCUGGCUCUGCACACACAUAGCCUUGUUGUUGAAAGAGACAAGAGUACGGGGUCACCAUGUAUACAUCACAAUAACGUUUUGCAUUACUUCUAGAUGAGUGCAACUGUCAAAGCAAUAUGGGCCUGAGUGUUAGCUUUUCCCGUGGGCUGUGGCCUGGCUGCGGGUACGGGCCACGGCAGCAGAGAUUAAGGCUGACAGGCGCUGUGCACAAUGCACUGUGGUGCACCUCUAAUUGUCCUGACAUCAGCCUGAACUGAGCUAAUGCCCCGCCUGCCCUCCAGUCUGCACUGCUCAGUCUCUCUCUCCCCUCCAGAGCCUGAGCUGCUUACCCUGAAAUCAGCUCUUACUGUAUGGCAUCUUCUGCUGAUAUCAUUUCAUCCUGAUUUGUGCCCAUCUUAAUUUUUUUAAGCCUUUACUUGCUGCUUUUUUUUUUUAUUUUUUAAAGCAAGAGUGAACAUUCGCUUUUAACUGGUGGCCAUUUGUUUUGUUUUAACAAAGGGUGGUGUUUUUAUGACCUCUUCAUUCUCCAACUCCUCCGCAAAUGCAGUCAGCUUUUAAACCAGACUUUUCUCAUUCAGCUUUGUGUAAAGUGUGGUUCUAACCCAUGCCAUAUAUUUCUCGGAUUGCAGUGCUUAUAAUAAGAGAUAGCUUUUUUUUUUUAAUUUCUCAACUUUGAGCUAAAUUUGAAUGCAAUGUCUCGUACACACAUUCACACUAUUUGAUUUUUAAUAUUAAGCCAGUGCUUCUCGGAGCUGUGUUUACUUUAGAAUAUCUCUAAAACUGUGGAGAGUCCAUCUCUCUGUGUUUAUUAUAAAUAUCUUUUUUUUUUUUUUUCAAUUUGAUAUCUUUGAAAUUGAUGCCUCUGUGUGAUUGAAUGUGAUGAAACAAAUAAAACAAACACAACCUGUGCUGAAUAUGGAAAAUUCAGGACACUGAGCAUAUUUAAAAUUACUUAAAGUCAAGCAUCAGGAUGGCUUUGAGGGAUAUUUCAUUUUAACAGGAGCCAGAAGUCAGCUCACAACACUCAUAAAGCCUCAAUAUAUCGCCUUACACAUGUCAGGAAAUCCCAGAUUUCAAUAUUAUUCUAAGCCUGAAUGAUAUUUCCUUAGAUGUUGGAGAACUGUAACAUAUCUAUUCUUCCCCCGCUUUUUCCCUCCACCAAAGUACUUUUCUUGUGUACUUAGAAGUGACAAAGUCAGCUCCCCGCUCAGCCGCACAUAAUCUGACUAUGUGACACAAACAUGAUAACAUUUUUUUUUUCCACAAGGCUGGUGUGUUUUAUAAACCACUCAAGGCUUAAUGGAAUACGUUUCUAAUGUGUCAUGACUUAAGCAAAAACUCAAACCGGAUAGUAAAUCUUACGAUACCUUAGACACAUUCUCAAAUAUACACUUUUUUUAAACUCCAAAUACUUACUAUUGUUUAACUUCUACACUGUGAAAUCCUGCCUCCCCUGCCGACUGUGUGUAUGGUUUAAGGCUUUUGUGGAUUAUCUUUCUGCUGUAAUGAGACAACUGUGGCUGAUGGUUGCAGGCCUAAUUUCCUUUUAAUUUGAUUCAGAUCUCUCUAGGUUUCAGCAAAGAAGUUGGCUUAUUAUUUGAUUUGAUGAGUUUCGUUUCAAGAUACCAUUGCUCAUCUUUCUGCUUUUCAGCUACAAUCAGUUCAUUUUUCACUCCGUAAUUUGUAUAUUGUUGCCUUAGGAAUAAACAAGACUCUGUUCACUGUUUUUAAUAUUAUCCAGCAAGCCAUAUGUGAAUGGAACUAAAGAUGUAAGAGCAGCCUAAAUCCAAAGCAAAGUCUGCAAAUAAAAGGGGACUAAUUUUGCCAAUUGCUCUUGAAGACAUUAUUAUUUUUUUUCCAGAUGGUUUAUAUGUUGUAUUGGUUUACGGAACACGCCUGUUUUGUUUUAUCGCAGUAUACGAAGCCUUUGGAUUUUAUGAAACCGCGAGUGUCUUGCCAGGUUACACAUUCUUUACUUUAUUCUCAACUGUUCCUCUCCUUCUCUUUCGAUCCAUUUUGGUUUAAACGCUGUCUUUAGAAUAUUUUAAACACAGUAACUACUGUACUUUUACAUGAAUGAUUUUGUAAUUAGCCUAUUAAAGCUGUCGAAAUCAAAUAAAAUCAACUUUUGCUUAUUGA